CCCCACCUCAAUCACAUCUGACAUUCCUAAAUCACCAAUUCCUCCACAAUCAAAGAAUCACUAUACUCAACAUGUCUGAUAUCAAUCUCACAGAGAUCCAUGACCUUCUAGUCAAGGUCGCCCACCAGGCGGGCAAGAUGAUCAUGUCUGCAACCCCGCAAACGCUUGGUUCCGACACCAAGAAGAACUCUGCCGACCUUGUCACUGAAACUGACAAGGCUGUGGAGGCCAUGGUGACCUCUGAAUUGCGCACAGCGUACCCGAAGUUUGACUUCAUUGGGGAGGAGACAUACUAUCCGGGCCAGCCAUUGACUGAUGCUCCCACGUUUAUUGUCGACCCGAUAGAUGGCACGACGAACUUUGUCCACGCCUUUCCAAGCGUCUGCAUCUCCCUUGGUUUCACGGUGGGCCGAGUGCCAACGGUCGGCGUCAUUUACAACCCAUUCCUCAACGAACUCUGGACUGCCAUUAAGGGCCAAGGCUCCUUCUUGUCGCAAAACGGUGGCCCAAAGCAAAAGCUUCCUUUAAAAGCUAGCCCUGAGCCAUUGAAGGACCUUAGCACUUGCCUUGUCGGUGUGGAAUGGGGCUCAGACCGCAGCGGGAUCAACUUUGACAUUAAAGUCAAGGCCUUCGCCAAGCUUGCCGCAUCCAAGGAGCAGGGAGGUGCCAUGGUACACAGCCUGAGGUCCAUGGGCUCUGCUGCGCUUAACCUUGUCGCCGUAGCUGCUGGCCAGCUAGACGUAUACUGGGAAGGAGGAUGCUGGGCGUGGGAUGUUGCAGCGGCAUGGUGCGUCCUCGAAGAGGCUGGUGGUAUCAUGAGAAGCGGCAACCCAGGGGAAGAAGUGUCUGUGGACUGCAGGAAGUUCCUCGCUGUGAGAGGUGCACCCAGUGGCCAGCAAGAUAUUGUCGACGAAAUAUACAGGGUUCUUGGAGACAGCCGAAUGGAUUACCACCAGUAGUUGAUCUUCAUUUGGCGUGCAUUAGAUAUAUUUCAUAGCGAUUAGAUCCCCGUUUUUAUAAAAUGAGAAAUUAAAAGCAAGCUCAUGAACGUACUGAAG